GUUGUUAUGAAUAAUUCAGUUAUUUUUAGAAGCUGUUACUAUAACAAACAGCUGUUUGUAGACUAAUAGACUGGUAAAUAAGGCAGAGCAGCACGGCGGAGAUUAUGGGGUCACCCAGACUUUGAUGGUGCCUACCUAUGGCAAUGUAUGAAUGACCUGUAGAGGCGCUUCUCCUGUAGCUGAACACAUGGCAGUACGCUGGCGAAUGGGAUGUUGAGCGAGCAGUCAGCUGUCGUUCACACGAAAUGUGGGACGCUGCGUUUCUUCAAAGCUACACACUCUUUGUAAGGCCAACCAUUUUACCAAUACCUACUUCACCAUGUCAUUGCCAGAGCUGGAGAAACACAUCCUAAAGAUAAUUCAGGAAGGGAAGAUCCUUCUCUUCCAGGAGGAGCUUCAGAGGAACACCAGGCUACUGGCUGAUCUCCCAUGGAAACACUUUGGCAGAUCAGGGGACACUGUCUUGCACUAUGCAGCUCGCCAUGGCCAUCUUCCUGUAGUCUCCUACCUGGUGGAGGUGGUUGGUGUGGAUGUGGAGGUCCGGAAUAAUGACUACAAGAGACCCCUCCAUGAAGCAGCGUCCAUGUCCCACCGAGACUGUCUGCUCUACCUGCUGAGUAAGGGAGCAGAGGUGGACUGCCUGAAAAAGGCCGACUGGACUCCCCUGAUGAUGGCAUGUACGAGAAAAAACAUAGAUGUUAUCAGUGAUCUCAUUGAGCACAAGGCAAACCCUAAAUUGAAAAAUAAGGAUGGCUGGAAUAGUUUUCAUAUUGCAUCUAGAGAAGGUGACCCUGCUGUUAUGUCUUAUUUGCUAGAUGCCUUCCCUGACAUUUGGAAUACUGAGAGCAAGAUAAAGAGAACACCUCUGCACACAGCAGCAAUGCAUGGAUGUUUUGACGUGGUACAGAUUCUUCUAGAAAGGUGUAACUAUGAUCCAGACUGUAAGGACAGCUGUGGAGUAACUCCAUUCAUGGAUGCAGUCCAGAAAGGACAUCUACAGAUUGCUGAACUACUGAUAGAAAACAAAAAGGUCUGCUAUACAGCAGUGGAUAAAAUGGGAGCCCAGGCGUUGCAUCAAGCUGCAGUUACAGGACAAGACAAAUCGCUUCAAUAUCUGGUGUCCCAUCUGGGUGUAAAUGUGAAUGAAACAGCAACUUCCAUGCACCUAAGCCCACUACACUAUGGUGCCAAGGAAGGACAUAUUAGUUCCUUGUCAACCCUGUUAUCCCUUGGUGCUGAUCUGAACAGCCAGGAUUCAAAAGGAAGAUCUGGUGCUAAACACUGCAUACCAGGAACACCCUACCCCUGACUUUCUGGAGAUGUUCUGGCCUAGUCCUCUAGAUAUAACAGUUUGGCAAAAAGCUGGAUCCAAGUUUUCCUGCUUCCAAUACUCAAGAACGAACUGCUCACUUGCUGUCUAAUAUAUCUCUUCUGGUCACUUUGACAUGGCAAAAUAUUUUUCACUAGUAAUUGUAAGUUAGAAUUAGGAACACAACCUACAUAGGGGAAAGCUAUCUAUUCCAUGUUGUGGACCCACUCUUGGCUUUGACUAAAAUUACUGAUUGAAUACUAUGUGUGAUAUUGGUCUUAUACUGUACACACUUUUCUAUGGCAUUAUAUGGGCUUACCGUAUAUACUCGAGUAUAAGCCGAGUUUUUCAGCACGAUUUUUCGUGCUGAAAACGCCCCCCUCAGCUUAUACUCGAGUGAACUCUCC